AUGGCCGACAGACAGACGCCGUAUACCAUAAGCGUCUUCCCUAGCGAAGGGGAUGGCGACCACGGGGAUGCUGCCCCAACCCGCAUCCAGCAGCGGCUGGUCGACUUUAUUAUGGACUUCCAUCUUGACAAUGUCUUCAUCUACAGAGACCAGAUUCGCGAAAAUGUGCUCAUCAAGCAAUACUACUGCGACGUCGAUAUUGCACACCUCAUUUCCGUCGAUGAGGAAUUAGCCCAUAAGCUCACCCAAGACCCCGCUGAGAUCAUCCCUCUGUUCGAGGCCGCCCUCAAGUCGUGCACACAGCGCAUCGUCUAUCCCUCGCAACGAAACAUUAAGCUGCCAGAGCACCAGCUGCUCCUCCACUCGUCCGCCGCGAAGCUCUCCAUUCGCGACCUGACAGCUGCACAAGUCUCGCAUCUUGUGCGCAUACCGGGCAUCAUCAUUGGCGCCUCAACCCUCUCCUCAAAAUCCACAACACUCGCCAUCCGGUGCCGGAAUUGCCAGCAUGAAGAAGUAAUACCUGUUUCUGGCGGCUUCUCGGGCGUUUCUCUCCCACGCAUCUGUAGCCGGCAGCGUGGAGAAAACGAUGAUAGAUGUCCACUGGACCCAUAUUAUGUUCUGCACGAGCGCUGUCAGUUCAUCGACCAGCAAGUGCUCAAGAUGCAGGAAGCGCCUGAUGAGGUACCAGUCGGUGAAUUGCCGCGUCAUAUCAUGAUCUCGGCCGACCGAUAUCUGGCAAACCGUGUUGUUCCCGGUACAAGAUGCACGGUGAUGGGCAUCCACUCCAUCUACCAACAGAAAGGAUCCAAGAGGUCACAGAACGCCGCGGUUGCCAUUCGGAACCCGUAUAUUCGCGCUGUUGGCAUACAUGCAGAUGUGGACCACACUGCCAAGGGCAAUUUGACCUUCACCGAGGAAGAAGAGCAGGAGUUUUUGGAGAUGAGUCGAAGACGGGACAUUUACGAAGUAUUUGCCAACUGCAUUGCGCCAUCUAUCUACGGGAACAAGGACAUAAAGAAGGCUAUCGCGUGUCUGUUGGUAGGAGGCUCCAAGAAGAUCCUACCGGAUGGCAUGAAGCUUCGCGGUGAUAUAAAUGUUCUGCUCCUCGGUGACCCUGGUACAGCCAAGUCGCAGCUGUUGAAGUUUGUGGAGAAAGCUGCCCCGAUCGCUGUCUACACUUCCGGUAAGGGCUCAUCAGCAGCUGGUUUGACUGCUUCGGUUCAGCGCGACCACAACACGCGGGAGUUCUACCUAGAGGGAGGUGCCAUGGUCCUUGCUGAUGGCGGUGUGGUGUGUAUCGAUGAGUUCGACAAAAUGCGCGACGAAGAUCGUGUCGCGAUCCACGAGGCCAUGGAACAGCAGACCAUCUCCAUCGCGAAAGCUGGCAUUACUACGAUCCUCAACUCGCGAACGUCUGUCCUCGCUGCUGCCAAUCCUAUCUUCGGACGCUACGAUGACAUGAAGACACCAGGCGAGAACAUCGAUUUCCAAACCACCAUCUUGUCCCGUUUCGACAUGAUUUUCAUCGUCCGAGACGAGCACGACCGCGGUCGCGACGAGCGGAUAGCAAAACACGUCAUGGGUCUCGCAAUGGGCGGUCGCGGCACGGAGGAGGUCGUUGAAUCCGAAAUUGACAUAAAGAAGAUGAAGCGCUACAUCUCCUACUGCCGGCAGAAAUGCGCGCCACGCCUCUCGCCCGAAGCUGCGGAGAAGCUAAGUUCGCACUUCGUCAGCAUUAGACGACAGGUCCAUGCCUCUGAGAUGAAUGCCAACCAGCGCUCGUCCAUUCCAAUCACUGUGCGUCAAUUGGAAGCUAUCAUUCGUAUUACCGAAUCUCUAGCUAAGCUCUCGCUGUCUCCCGUUGCCGAUGAAUCCCAUGUCGACGAAGCGAUCCGUCUGUUCUUGGCUUCUACCAUGGAUGCCGUGACCCAAGGUGAGGGUCAGGCAUCGAAGGAGCUGAUGGAUGAAGUGAACAAAGUUGAAGAAGAAUUGCGACGACGUAUGCCCAUUGGGUGGCAGGUCAAUCUCUCAACGUUGAAGCGCGAGAUGUGUGAUGGAAAGGGAUACUCGGAGCAGGCUUUGGGCCGUGCACUGCAUGUGAUGGCUGCAAGAGAGACAAUACAAAUAUUGCAGUGCAAGUUCCGCCCAUAUUCUUCCUUGGCUGCAGCUCCCCUUUCGCGAACAGAAACCGUCAUUUCGAGUAACCAACCAGCUUCGAAUUCGGAAGCAAUGACAGAGGCAAAGAUGUUGAAGACCAAGAAGCAGUCCGCGGUCGACGCUGGCUAUGGCGUAGGACGCCCUAUGGAGGAUACCGAGCCGUUUCCCGAUUUCAAUGACCUGAGUCGAACUCUCGCAUACGACCUCUUUCCAUAUGAGAUGACUGCGAUCGAGACGACUCGGCAGAAGUUCACUUCGAACCGGAGCGGCCUGGACAACGUCGCGCAUCCGCGCGCAGCGCACGCCCUCGACCACGAUACAUUUGAUCGCACGGAUGCCUGGCUCGAUCCUGUCCACGAAACGAAGCCAUUUGAGCAAGUCCUGUUCUUCGAUGCGGAUAGUUCUAUUGAUGAGGAAGGGUUGGAGUCUUUCGCCUUUUUCAAUGGCGAGACUCUAGCCCACGAGGAGCUCGUUGAUGCAUCUAUCAUUCUCCGUCUACCGAAUAACGACUUCCUCUAUGAUCGCGCGGCGAUCGAAACAUUCCUUGAGCGCGAGGUGAAGAGGGUGUUGUAUUGGGGUCCGGAAGUCAAGGCUCAGCCGCUGGCGGCGAGCUCGACGGACUUCUUUUACUCUUUGCCCUCGUAUACGUCUACAGAGAUCGAUGAAGAGGAAAACCCUUUCUCGGAUGAGUGUGGGGUGGUUGUGGGGUACGAAACUCUUUCUACGGCCUUGAACGGGACGGAGUGCGACGAAGAGGAUGAUGAUGACGAUGCCGAGUCUGAGGCGUCCUUCGGUUGUGUCACUGCUGCUGCACACGACGAAGCUGUGGCGGUAGAGAAGGCACGUCAACUGAUCAAGCAUCUAGAUCUGCCAUUCCGCCAAACAUUCGACUGGGUUCCACUGAAAUACGUCAACAAGAAGAAGCACCCUCCACCAGCGAUCCUUCUCCCUGGAAGCGACGAAAAGCGCACAGCACCAAUCACCCGCCCCUUAAAGUCCUUCCAGCGUCUUGCUCCUCGCAAGGACAAGACUGUCGCCCUCCGCGCCAUGCGCGCCAACAUUCGCAAUGCAGUGAUCGUCUGGCCUACUCAUUCAAUGUACUGGGCUCCGCUCCAAUCCCUCCCUCCACCUCGUAUGCAAGCUCGACCUCCACGACCGAACGCAUCGAUGUUUCAACCUGUGCACCCCGAGGUUAAAGCUCAGCGCGAAACGGCUAAGCCUCUUUACCUGACGGUGAUCCAGAGUAAACCGGAUGUAUUGCCCGCCCGGCAUUUUCCGUUCGAGUUGACGCCUGAUUCCCUCGGCUCGCUUGAUCUGCUUCGUCUUCCAAGCGCUACUAUCUCCGUUCACUCAGUACAUUCAUAUCAGGCGGAACCGGUACCUGCACCUUUGCAUAUCGAUGCCAAAGGUAUCUGGCCACGUCCCGGGCUUUACACCAUCCAACCUGUAGACCUAAAUAUCCGAGCGCAAUGGAAGCACACAAAGCCUCAGUCGUACCAUCAGCGUCACGCUGCGGAGCAACAGUUUUCUGGUGUGGAGAUGAAUGAGGCCGGCGAGCUUACGCUUGUGAACGUGCUUGAAGAGCAUAAGCCGCGUACGCCGCUAGUUUUCAAGCCCUUCAAAUUCCUGGGCAAGCUCUUGCGCGUUGCGACGCGGAUACGUGAUGAAGUCGUUUGA